CACCAUCGGGAGAAAUGAACGGUCAUCAACACAAUCCUCUCAGCGCCCAUCACGUGAUUUUUCUAAAUGUCCACGGAAACAGCUGACUAAAGUUUAACAGCUAUCCCACCAGAUUUCCUCUUGGAAGAAUUAGCGAGAGGAAGUGUUGCAGGAAAUUCACUCAGACUAUUAUUCCUUUUUCUGUGUUAACGGAUCCACACAUCGUUUGCUGAUGACCACAUCUGAAGCCAGCCCUGAGUUGUGAGUCAGAAGAGGAGAGGCGGGGCUGAUGAUAAGCAUGACUUUGAGCAAAGCCACAGAUGCAUGUCCACUCAAAAGGCCCAACUGAAUGCCAUCCCCUCUGCUUCCCGGCUUUCAACCAGCCUCUCAGAGGGGGGGGGGGGGGGGGUGUUGAAGGGGCGUAGCUAGUCCCCUGCACCCCCAAGUAGAACCUCACUGUGAAACUGGAGGUCUCUGAUGGAUCAGGGUAGUAGUGAGCAGAGUCCAGAGGAGCCGGACGCAGGAGGCCGAGCGGAGACGGAGGUUGGUAGGAGGGCAUCGGAGUCAGAGCACGGCUUGUCCAAAAUCACCCAUAAUGCCCUGGAGAACAUGGGAGCGUUGGGCCAUGGCCUAAAGCAGUUCUUCCAGCCACAGCGCCGACGCUCCUCAGUUUCCCCACAUGACUCCGCCUUGUCCUGCACAGGCGCCCCUCCCUCCGAACCCACAGAUGUAGGGUCAGAAGUAGGGGACGCUCCUGCCUCCUCGGCUCUCUCUUUGGAUUCUGACAACCCUGCUGCUUCCGCCCCUCCCGCAGCUCUGAGCCGCGUUCUGCAACAGAUCCGAGGUGCUCCACCGAUGAUGAAGCGAGGCACCAGCCUGCAGAGCCGCCGCAGCAAGGCGGGGGUAACUGGGGAUCCUCCCCAGAAAGGUAGCCCCCAGAUCCACCGGCGCAGCACCCAUGAGGCACUGCUGCAGGCUGGACGCCCGCGCUCCUCCUCAACCACAGACACACCAACCAGCCCUGCUCUGGCAGACAUGCUCCUAACCUCUGGUUACCACUCCACUGAGGAGCAUGACAGGCUGGAUCGUUAUGAUGGAUCAGGACCUGCAGUGUCACCCAAUGCCGUUUCCUACAGUGCAGAUGGAUAUGAUGUAGUCGACAGUACCCCAGACCCCCAGCGAACUAAGCAGGCCAUUGCUCAACUACAACAGAAGAUCCUCAAGCUCACAGAACAAAUCAAAAUUGAACAAACGGCGCGUGAUGACAAUGUAGCCGAAUACCUGAAACUGGCUAAUAAUGCAGACAAACAGCAGAGUACACGCAUCAAACAAGUGUUUGAGAAGAAAAACCAAAAGUCGGCUCAGACUAUCCAGCAACUGCAGAGGAAGCUGGAGCACUACCACCGGAAGCUCCGUGAGGUGGAGCACAAUGGCAUCCCUCGCCAGCCCAAAGAUGUUUUCCGAGACAUGCACCAGGGGCUGAAAGACGUUGGAGCCAAGGUGACAGGUGGCCUGUCCAGCUUCUCUCAAGCUACUCAUUCUGCAGCUGGAGCUGUGGUGUCCAAGCCGAGAGAAAUAGCUUCCCUCAUCCGUAACAAGUUUGGCAGCGCUGAUAACAUUGCAGGCCUGAAAGACUCUCUGGAGGAAACCCAGGGAGACGAAGGCGUUGGCCCUGGGGGAACGAGGACCCUUGGGACUGGACAGUUGCAGUCCAGCCCAAAGUUUGCCAGUGAUGAUGACUGUUCCAGUGCUACUUCUGGCUCUGCAGGAGCCAACAGUACCACUGGAGCCCCUGGAGGCCCCCCUAGCUCUAGGGGCAAUACCCUUGAUAAUGUCCAGGUCUCAGGCUUUGAUACUAUACUCCAUGAGAUACAAGAACUGCGGGAUAACCAAGGUCGACUUGAGGAGUCAUUUGAAAACUUGAAAGCCCAUUAUCAGCGGGACUAUACAAUGAUCAUUGAGGCCCUACAAGAGGAACGAUACAGGUGUGAACGUUUAGAAGAACAGCUGAAUGACUUGACGGAGCUGCAUCAGAAUGAAAUUCUGAACUUGAAACAGGAACUAGCCAGCAUGGAGGAGAAGAUUGCUUAUCAGUCUUAUGAAAGAGCGAGGGAUAUUCAAGAGGCGCUGGAGGCAUGCCAGACACGUAUCUCCAAGAUGGAGCUGCAGCAGCAGCAGCAGCAGGUGGUGCAGCUCGAAGGUUUGGAGAAUGCCACAGCGCGGACACUUCUUGGAAAACUUAUCAAUGUGCUGCUAGCUGUCAUGGCGGUCCUUUUGGUGUUUGUGUCCACAGUGGCUAACUGUGUAGUCCCCUUAAUGAAAACACGCAGCCGCACGUUUUCUACGCUACUCCUAGUAAUCCUCCUCGCCUUCCUCUGGAGGCACUGGGAUGCUAUUUCAGAGUAUCUGCAUCGCUUUCUCCUGCACCCCAGAUGACCGGCUUGGACAGGCUUAUUUAAAUGAUGAAGGAGCAGAGGGUUUGGGGCGGAUGUGUAAGCUGAAGACAUUGACCCAUACAGGGAGUUGAAUCUCAAUAAUCCUACAUUUUCUUCCCGUUGGGAAGCUUUUCAAAACACUCAGGGGGAUUGCAUCAGAGGUUUAUCACCUCAUCCCUUUCUGGAGUGUGUUUUGAAAAGAAUAAAAUGGAGAAUAAGGUGAGAAAAGGUGGGAUGUUUGGUAUUGACUUGCUAUCAUUGGUGAAAUUGUGGCACAUGCACACACUGUAAGGGUGAAUGGGGGUAUAGUUGAAGGAGGGGCUGAGAGAACUGCACACUUGAUUUCUCUCUUCUGAGUGAAUUUGUUUACAUGUGGAAAAUUUUACAUUGUUUCUCCACUGAAGAAAUAGUAAUUCAGAGUUUUAUUAAUUUUGAGCUGAUUCAAGUGGUAUUGUUUUGAAGUUCUAUUUUUAAUACAGCUAAAUGAUGGCUUCUUAUUUCUUUUAAUUGUAAUGAGCUGACAGUUAUCUGCUGAUUCAAUUUUCCACAUUCUGCUCUGUUUUUCUAAGUUCUUUCUCUGGCUUUUAUCAGUCUGCUACAGUAUUUCUUUCUCCUUUACCUGCUCCUCUCAGCUUUAAGCUUGUGUGAUCAACUCUUCCUCUUCCUGCUCACUGAUCUCUGAAGAAUGGGGUGCUUGCACAUCAGCUACAUUGCUGUGGAAUCAGACUUGUCACUGGAUCAAAUAAUGGUGGGUUCUUGACUUGUUCCCUUUGGAUGUGUGAAGUCAAUAACACCCGUUCUGCCACAACCAUGAUAUUGAUAUCAAGAACCUUUUGUUUGGAGCUGUGACCCUGCCCUCUUGGCCAACUGGAUCCUACUAUCCUAGUGGAUUCUUCACUGCAGAAGAAUAAUCCGUGAACUGAAUUAACAUACUUGAAGAGCGUUUAAAGUGCUCAAAGACUCAGUGCUUCCGUACUGUUCUAUUAGUGACAAUGAAAUAGUAAUACUUUUUAGUUGAUUUUUUUUAUUUUUUAAAGACAAAUAAAUUUGC